CUUGCAAUUGUCGGCGUAACGUUUGCACGCUCUGACUAUUCCGGUAACGCUCGAGCUCGUUGAGCAGACAGAAGCUCAAGGAAUCUGGGCACGCUGAACCAACUCCCCCCUCCUCCAGUUGUAGCUCGCCAAGGACCGUCACACUUCGGAAGCUUACCACCGCCACCUGCAGUCGUCAUGAGCGACCAAGUGUCGGACGAUCUGCUCUGGUCCCUGGACAAUCUCAUCAAGAAAGAUGCAGGCGCCGACGUGGAGAACGACGCUGACCUUGUGCGAGCAAGCAUUUACACGCAGGACAACUUGCUGGGCUGUUCCAUGAUCGGCAGCGAUAUGGUCUUCGGUGUUCGCGAGUCGGUCCGAUUGGCGCCUGACAACGAUAGCACCAUGGGAGGCUACGGUCGACCUACGGGCUUAAUGGGCUACGGCAUCGACGAAGACGAGCUCGACGACGACGAGACUAUCGGCCCCAUUGAAGAACGCACUCCCGCGACUUUGAGCGUCACGCAACCCAGCAGUGGCAGCAGCUACGCGAGACAGUCCUCGAGUCAGCGUAGUAUCAGUGAAGACACGGACAGGUCUCUCUCCUUCGCGUCCGAGGGCGAACUCAGUGUCGACAGCCUCUCGGCGCCCUCACCGCAUCGGAAACGUUCGACGAGACGAUUGAGUGAUGGAGAUCAGAGCACUUAUGAGCAACGCAUCGAGGCAUCGUUGGCUGGGUACAUCACCAAGUCACUGAAUGUCGAAUCGCGGCUGGUUGCAGAGAUGCAACCGGAUAGACCUUUCACUAUGAGCGAUCUUGCUCAUUUUAACCCACAAUUUGGACGCGAGGUUUACCUGGAACGACUAGGACAGAGUCUGCAGGAUCAGGAAGGCGGAGCGAAAUCGCUGGGAUCAUAUCGUAGAUCGACCAUGCAGCGGAUGUCCACACCAGAAGAUAUUAUCCGACAGGGAUGGCUUUCUAAACGAGGUGAAGUGGUCCCGAGCUAUCGAAAACGCUGGGUUACGUUGCGUCGGAUGCCGCAGGGCCCGAUGCUAACAUACGCCAAGGACGAUGCUGAAGGAUCACCAACUAAAGUGAUCGAUCUAAGCUCAACGUCGCGUUGUGUGGUCGCCACAGGCAAAAACGCAAAGGAGAAUGAAUUCAAGGUCAUGACCUCUGCAGACUCGUCGCGUCGGGAAUUUGGUAUGGUAGCAUCUUCCAGCUACGACAUGACGCAGUGGGUGUGUGCGAUCCAGAAUGCUAUCAACUCGGGGAAUUGCUCGACAUUUGACGGUGCCACCGACUUCCAGCAGCUGUGGCGUGAAGCAGGAAUCCAGGGAUUCCUAGUUCGCUACGGUGUGCGCAAGUGCAGCUCACGGAAUCGACUUCAAACUAGAGUUCUUGAGCUGAACUUUGCAGAGCAAACCCUUACGAAUUCGCGGCGAGGAGAGACCCUGACGACAUUUCAUUUUACGGACAUACGUGGUAUAUCGGCGAGCAGCGUUCGCACCAGAGGCGAGGAGCAUGGUAUUAGCAUCGAUUUUCACGGGCGGCAUCGAUCCUGGCCGAUUUUCCUGGACACUGUAGAGGCACGAGAUGAUUUGUUUGCGAUCUUGCAGCGCAUCGUUGACAAUGUGGUAACUGGCGAGGAUCUUGAGAAGCGUUCAUCUCGCUUGACACUCAAAACUGGCCAUUUGGAGACAAAGAAUGCUGGACCCCACGCCACUUUGCGAGGCCGGUUGUUCGUCUGUCUUCACGAGAACUGUAUCGUGUUUUACCCAGCAGAUGGAGAUACCAGUACGCGGCCAUGGUAUGUUAUUGCGCUUAAGGGUCUUCGUCUGUCGGUCCGAGAAGAGAAACGCCUACUUUAUAUUGGACGUCUAGCACUAGCGUGCCCGUCCACUGCAGAGUGCCGCGCCUGGUACGAUGCCAUCUCAGCUGCCAUGUGUAUGCCCUCAGAGAUUAUUGAGAUCGAGCUGAAAGAGCGAGCGAAGAUCCGCACUGUGUUCCAGUCAUGUGUGUCUCGGCUGCGAAAAAUGCUCAAGGCUAAAGUGACACCCGAGCCGAACGGACCGCCGAAGGAUCAGAAGACGGUGAACAUGAUGAUCACUAAACUCUGGGAGCUUGUCUUCCCAGGGGAACCGUUCACAUCAAAUAACGAUCCGAAAUGGCUCGAGGUUGGCUUCCAAAGAGGAGGUCCGGCAUCUGAUCUUCGAUCCAGCGGGCUGCUUGGCCUUUACUGUCUCAUUUUCUUUGCCAGUUAUCCAUCAAGUGAGUUCCAGCGGAUCCUGAAACGCACGCGACAUGGUGUGAGUGAAGGCAACAUGAAGAACUAUCCUCUUGCAAUCGCAUGCAUCAACGUGGCGUCACUUUUGACUGAAACACUCGGUUUGGGCGACGCUGGUACGCACUCGGAAGGCUGUUCACCGAACGCGAUGAAGACAUACAGCCGUUUGAUUGCGCAGAGUGUUUCAAAGUCAAGGUCUUCGAAACCAGCCAAGACUUAUUCGUCGUCACGGCCUCUAAGUGCCUACGAGUGCUGGGAUGAUGUCGUCAACGAGCCAGAGAAUCACGUGUUCGAGACUAUCUUUUGCCUGCUCUUCCCGGUUAUGGACUCACUUUUCGUCGAAAUGGGAGCGGUACGUCUGCCCGUGUUCAAGUGAACAUUUGCUUGUAUUAUUCUGAUGUCGGAUGUUUUAAUUGUACUGCAGGGAUAUAUGGAGUUUGGACAAGUGACCGUCGCAUUCCGACGCCGUGUGAACGAGAUUUUCAACUCGCAGCCCAAGUCGUUGAAGGAGCUACAGAAAUUGGCGAGCGAACCUUGCACAGGCACGCUUGCAGUGCCGACGGUGUUGAGUAAGCAGCACAAAAUAGGCAAGAUUAGUAUGGGCAAGAAAGUAGUGAAGGCGGGCGGCAUGUAGUGUGACGAAAGAAGUCAACUUUGCCACCGCCCACAUAGAGAUUGUGAAUUUGUUCGGCUUGCACAGCGAUAGAAAUGCCAUGCAAUUUGCGCGAAGGUGUCGUGAAGCCAUUGAGUCUGAAGAUAUUGAUGUCACGUGAGUCAACCACAGAUAUGUUUCUGCUACCAUACAUGGAUCUUAAAACGUUAUUUCCACCAUUUUCUGCUACACGUAGGCUGUUCACUUUCACUUAUACGCAUUUACGUACACGAACGUCAUGUUAUACUACCCCACGCUCCACCGGCAGCGCUACUUGAUCGUGGAAGUUGCGCCGAAAUUGGAGUUCGAUGCAAGUGCAAAUGUCGACCCCUUCCUCCUCCACGACUGGCACCACCACCUCGACCAUGUUGAUGAUGAAGUGGAGGCGGCUGGCCGCGAUGCCCAGCACCACCCUGAUGCGCAGCCGUGCGAGCCAGAAACCGUUCCCACGAAAGCUUCAUCUCGCGUAAAAGCAGCACAGAUUGCUCUUUUGCACGUUCCAACGCCUGCAUGAGCAUUUGACAGCAAUAAAAUCAGCAC